AUGGAUUUUGACCGACCGAGGAACGUGUCAUUUUUUGACUUUGCCGGGGGGGUCCAUCUACUCCACGGCGAGGACGCCAGGUCAGUCCUCCCUGUUAUUCUGAUCGGGACCUGUGGGACCGGAGUCGUAGGGAACCUAUUGGUGCUACUUAGCCUCAUCCACGAUCUGAGAAAUGGGAGAGCAUCCGAAGUCAAAGCGCUACUUGCCGGUCUGAGCGCUACAGACCUGAUGAUCAUUCUGCUGUGUGCACCAGUGCGUGCAGUGACCUACUACAGACAGUCCUGGACCUUGGGAAGCUUGUUGUGCCAGACAGCGGAUUGGUUUCAGCACACCUGCUUGGUCGCCAAAACGUUCACCCUGGCGGCCACAACCAGGGCAAGAUGCAACUUUGUUUCAAGCUCCUCCGACGGCAUAUAUUCCAGCCACAUGCGAAUCUAUGGAGCCCUGGUGUUCAUUUGGAUAGCAUCGCUGGUCUCCUCCACCCCCCUUGUGAUAUUCACGUCUUUACAGCCAUACCAUGACCUCAAGCUGUGCGUAACUGAAAUACCAUUUUGCGCAUCUGGGUUCAUGAAUGUGUUCUACAUGAUCUACCCAACUCUAACUUACGUGUUGCCCAUUUUCUUUACCGUUUUGCACUACACCAAGACACUACGGGACAGUAAGCCGAAGGGGGACCUUGAUGUGACCAGUGCUCAACCCCAGAGCAGGGGGGCCACUGCGGCGUGGUUGUCUGUCAGUGGGGCCAACGCACUAAUGCUGCUACCUGAAUGGAGCUCAUGGACUUGGGCCCGGCUGGGAUACAGUGACAACUAUACACUUCCUGUGGGGUUCGUCAUCUUCUCUCAGGUCCUCAUGUACUCAUGUAGCUCUCUGUCUCCCAUCGUAUUCCUCACCGUGUAUGACGACGUGCGUCAUGGGCUCAACAGUCUGAGGCUUUUCAGAAUUUGCAGAGGCUCGAAACGCACCAGUAUUAGUCCAAAGACGGAGGAAAACGGAGUAGAGGGAGGAGGAGACAUCUGUCCCCUAGUGGACUUGAAAC